CAGUCCCUGCUCUUGUAGCCUGUGAUUGGAGGGAAACCCCGUGGAUGUGAGCGAGACAGCCAGCCUGCCUGAAAGAAUCAGCUGUGUAGCGGAGCAAGAGACUACCGUCCCAAACUAAGCUUUAGACAGCCAUGGCAGACAGGGUUGAGCUCGUGGGCAAGGCCAAGCUGGCGGAGCAGGCCGAGCGCUACGACGACAUGGCGGCGGCGAUGAAGGCGGUGACGGAGCUGAACGAGGAGCUCUCCAACGAGGAGCGCAACCUGCUGUCGGUGGCCUACAAGAACGUGGUGGGCGCCCGUCGCUCCUCCUGGCGCGUCGUCUCCAGCAUCGAGGGCAAGACGGAGGGCGGCGACAAGAAGCAGCUGACGCAGGAGUACCGCGAGAAGAUCGAGAAGGAGCUGAAGGAGAUCUGCAACGACGUGCUGAGUCUUCUGGACAGCUUCCUGAUCCCCAGUGCCACUCCCCCUGAGAGCAAGGUGUUCUACCUGAAGAUGAAGGGAGACUACUUCCGUUACCUGGCCGAGGUCGCCCUGGGAGACGACAAAACAGCCAUCAUUGGUAAGUCUCAGGAGGCCUACCAGGCAGCGUUUGACAUCAGUAAGGAGCACAUGCAGCCGACGCACCCCAUCCGCCUGGGCCUGGCCCUCAACUUCUCCGUCUUCUACUUCGAGAUCCUCAGCUCCCCGGAGAAGGCCUGCCGGCUGGCCAAGACGGCUUUCGAUGAUGCCAUUGCUGAGCUGGACACGCUGAGCGAGGACUCGUACAAGGACAGCACGCUGAUCAUGCAGCUGCUGAGAGACAACUUGACACUGUGGACCUCAGACAAUCAGGGCGACGGUGAGGAACCGGAAGCGGAACCGGCAGUGGAAGGGGGAGAGAACUGAGGCGGAUGACGUACGACACCUCCGUAUGGCUCCUCGUCAAACUUUCUCGUCCGCUUAAAAUGGAAAACGAAAAAAGAAAAAAAAAACAUAAAAAAGAAGAAAAAAAUCUGAAAACACUGAGACCAUGACGGUUCCAGAUUCUUACUCUUUAACCUUCUCACCAGCCUCUGUCACAUGUGAGCGAGUGCGUGUGUGUGUGUGUGUGUGUAUGUGUGUGUGUGUGUGUGU